AUGUGUCCCCCAUCCUCGGUCCGAUAUCUGAGCAAGAGGGCCGCGCUCCAGCCGCCCAGCGCGAACAUGAAUAAGGAUUAUUCCAUUAAUCUAUCGGUGCAGCAAGUGCUCAGCCUGUGGGUCCAGGGCACGGAACCGACCCUACAGCACUUCACAGAAAUGUGGUACUGGGUGUUCCUGUGGUGUCUGUUCUCGUCUCUGUUCGUUCACAGUGCCGUGGGUCUGCUGAUGUGUGUGACACUGCAGCGUCAUAAGAGAGGACGGCUCAUCACACUGGUGCUCAUCAGCGUGGGCUUCCUGGCCUCUCUCACAGGAGGGGUCAUCACCAGCGCGGCAGUGGCGGGUGUGUACCGUGUGGCAGGAAAGAACAUGGCUCCUCUUGAAGCUCUGGUGUUCGGGGUGGGCCAGACUGCUUUUACUGUCAUCAUUUCAUUCUCACGGAUCUUGGCCACUCUUUGAAUGGAUGGCAAACAUCAAUAACUGACAUACCCAACAGCCAAUCAGCCGGCAGAAGGGCCACGGUCGAGGUGAGUGGGGUUAAACCACAGAGAUCUGGCCUGUGGUGCAAAGAAAUGAGCUUUAGGAGUCACUAAUGGCCAAUGGACCACUAUAUGAAGCCCUCUAGAACAGCACCUUUUGGAGAACUGAACAUUUCAAGAAGCAAAAACAGCAUUAUAGGCCAAUGACUGAAACUCAAUCAACGUGCCAACUGCCUCGAUGGAGGAUUGAGAUGAAUCCUGGGAUGUCUGUUCAUCUUUGCUGAACAUUUGUUUUGUUUUUGCACACGGAUCGCUUCAGCUUUAUGUAAACCGAGUGGUGUUGGAGCCGUAGCUGGACCAUAAAGCCAAGAUGGAUGCAUCAAAAGCAUCCUCUGAUAGUUUGUCUCUCUGUCAAUGUAUCCUCAAUCAGUGUGGGAAAACACCACUAAACAUUUUCUAAUUCUGCUCAGCUGAACGGCCUGAAACAUUCCUGUUUGUGUGAUUAUGGAUCUUCACUCUGGUCCAGCAGUAUUACCACAUCCAUUUUUCUUCUCCGUAAGAAAUGGCUUCCACUUUGCACUUUCUGCAUUUUGAAAACUGUCUGUAGAAGGUUAUGCAAUAUGGCGGUUUAGGUGUGAUGUGGUCUCUUGUAACCUAUAUACUGUAAAUGUAUCCAUAAUGGAAAAAUGCCUUAUUUAUAUAAUAUGGAAACACAUUGGAACGUCAGUGUAAAUUUGAACUCUGGUAUUAGAGCUGCACGAUUAAUCGUUAAAAGAUCGCGAUCUCGAUUCAAACGGCCACACGAUCUCAUUCUUAAAUGACAAUGAUUCGUCUGUGUCUAUUAAACCUUUGACAAAAGCACAGCGGAACAUUCAAAUCUGCGUUUGUGCUGCCGCUGGUCUAGAGAGAGCAGUUUUCAUGUAUAAGUAUGAAACAGCUUCACAAACACUCUUUUCAACCAUGCAGUAUUGUUAUUUCUGUGUUACAAGUAUUCAUAUUAUCACAGAAGUAUUGGGAUAAAGGUCUGGAGCCCCGCACAUAACAUGCAGGAAAAAAAGUAAAUUGUGCGCACAAUUUACUAAUUCAUUCCCUCAUGCACAUGAUUUAUAAAUCAAAGAAACGACUUAGUAAAGCGUGCGCACAAUUUAGUAAAUAGAGGGAACAAAUUAGUAAAUCGUGCGCACAAUUGAUAAAUCGAGGGAACGACUUAAAGCACGCGCACGAUUUAGCCUGCUUUUUUUCCCUGCAUGUCAUGUGCAGGGUUCCGUAUAAAAGUUUAUGGUUCGGAUAUAAACACUGAUGUCUAUGGAAGCGAUCACAAUAGAGCAAAUCACCUUUUGAAAGUAACUUAAAGGUGCCGUAGAACGUAAUUUGUAAUAUGUAAAGAUGUAAUAUAAGUCUAA